AUGAUCUUUAAGGCCAGUAUUUCCAGUAAUCAAAGCCAUACUGUUUGGAGAAAAGUUAUUCAAAAUCUGAGCACUUUCCAUGAAGAUAUCAGGUGCACCAUAACGCCAAGGGAAUUCAUAAUUUGGUCAAUGAAUAGCACUGACACGUCAAUGAGCCAGGCGCGUUUCAAGUGUGGGUUCUUCGAAAGCUACGAAUUUAGACCGGAAGAAACGGUAUUUGGAGAGGACGGUCUUCAACAGGUGCAGGACCAACAGCUAAAUGUGCAUAAACUAUAUUCCUUCAAGAUUAAUGGCAAGCUUCUGGCGAUCUUGUUUCGCAAGCCUGAAAGCGAUAACAUCACAACCCUGCAUUUAGCCAUUCACAAUGGAGCAACGUGUCCUGAGUCUCUCGCAAACCGGUUUCAAAUAACAAUUCACACGGAAAGUCUGAUGGUCAAGGAAUAUGGGCCCAACAUUGUGCCUAUCAAAUACGAUCCUAUUGUGAUAAAUCUGCGAUACAAGAAAAGGUUCUUAGACGUUUAUGGUGGGUCGUGCGAAGACCAGGAGGAGCAGCUCGACCCGCGAUUAUUGGAAAUGUUCAAAGCUUUCGACAGGGAAUUGACACAAUCGUAUUUUAACAGUGACAUAUUAUCCACCGGCAAGCGCAGUAAUGCGCUCACACCCGAGGACGAGAUCAAUUACCUAUGCUGCAAUCACCAGCUUUUGAAAAACUUCAUUGACAGCUGCAAUACCAGCGCCACUGAGGAAGUCAAAGUCGAGGUCUCGAUCUCCAAGCUCUGCCUCACAGCUUUCACAAAGGGCAUAUACAGCAAAAAUAACGACGUGCUGCGUAACGCGAUUCGCGCCACGAACAUUGUCGGUACCAAUGAUUUGGAACAUUACUGUUUAUUCACUACGGCAGGCGAUGAAAAUAGCAAAAGACCGCUGGCCAAGGCCAUCUCAUUCGGUAUGAAGGACUUCAAAAACUUUGUCAACAUGGCGGCUUUUUGGAGAGGCGAUCAAGAUGUCAACAUAUGGUUUUGUCGCCCAGGAGACCCUAUCUUCAUGGAACUAGUCAAGGAUGACCUACAACUGGAGCUCGUUCAAGUCACUGAUAGUGGCGACGCCGUCCAGCCGAUGGGAAGCAAAGUCACAGUCACAAGAAACAGCCCGCUUCGAAACUCGGUGGUGAAAGUCGCCAGUCCAAGGAAAUCGCCGUUGAAGAAUAAAGGUCCAUUGACGCCAAACGUGGCGGAUAACACGCACAGCCCUUUGAAGCCCAAGUCUCUUUUCACAACCGAGGACGAUGAAAUGCAGGAGCGACAACAGCAACGGUGGAAAAAUCCCAUCCGGGGUAAAAGACGACUUGACGAUGAGGAUCAAGAAACCCACCCAAGUGCCAAUUAUGAGCACCAGCAACAUGCUGAGACCGCGGCUCACCGGACCCAAACGACCAUCGAGUGGGGCGACGGUCGUCCGAAUCUCACAAACGAUGGCCCCGGCCCUGGAGCCGCUCUCGAUCAAAGAGGUAUGCUGAGGCAAGAAAAGAAGAAGUUUUUACGGGACCUCAGGGUUCAACGAGGGAAAGAUCACCAGGCACAGACUGGAGCCGAAGACGAACAGUUUGGACCGACUCAGAAAGAUCGGCCCAAGGGUCUUUUCGACUAG